CAGUGAUGACGCCAGACAAUCAUGUGUUUGGUUCACUGCUGCGUGAACCAGCGAGAUCACGUGUCCCCGAGUUCACAAGUUCGAACCCCGUCUGUAGGUGACAUCACCUGCGCUUUUCAAGCAGGAGGUCGGAAAACUCCGACCUCCGAGUCGCCAGGAACGCAGCAUUAGGACCAGCAUGCAUCACGCGGAGCAGUGAUAACCCGAGGACACGAAGAACAAAGACUGGCGCAAACUGUCCAGCUGAGCGAAGACAUGGACCAGACCCGGGUCAAAGAGGAGGACCAGGACCAGGACCCGGACCCGGGCUUCAUGGACCAGACCCGGGUCAAAGAGGAGGACCAGGACCCGGGCUUCAUGGACCAGACCCGGGUCAAAGAGGAGGACCAGGACCCGGGCUUCAUGGACCAGACCCGGGGUCAAAGAGGAGGACCAGGACCCGGGAUUCAUGGACCAGACCCGGGUCAAAGAGGAAGACCAGGACCCGGGCUUCAUGGACCAGACCCGGGUCAAAGAGGAGGACCAGGACCCGGGCUUCAUGGACCAGACCCGGGUCAAAGAGGAGGACCAGGACCCGGGCUUCAUGGACCAGACCCGGGUCAAGGAGGAGGACCAGGACCCGGGCUUCAUGGACCAGGACCCGGGCUUCAUGGACCAGACCCGGGUCAAAGAGGAGGACCAGGACCCGGGCUUCAUGGCCCAGACCCGGGUCAAAGAGGAGGACCAGUACCCGGGCUGCAUGGCCCAGACCCGGGUCAAAGAGGAGGACCAGGACCCGGGCUUCAUGGACCAGACCCGGGUCAAAGAGGAAGACCAGGACCCGGGCUUCAUGGCCCAGACCCGGGUCAAAGAGGAGGACCAGGACCCGGGCUUCAUGGACCAGACCCGGGUCAAAGAGGAGGACCAGGACCCGGGCUUCAUGGCCCAGACCCGGGUCAAAGAGGAGGACCAGGACCCGGGCUUCAUGGACCGGACCGAGGUCAAAGAGGAUGACCAGGACCCGGGCUUCAUGGACCGGACCCAGGUCAAGGAGGAGGACCAGGACGAUGGCUUCAUGGACCAGACCCGGGUCAAAGAGGAGGACCAGGACCUGGUCUCCAUGGCCCAGACCCGGGUAAAAGACGAGGACGAGGACCCGGAUGAGGCCGCUGGUCUUCAGAAACGGAGACGCACCAGCCACCGGAGCAUCAAACAGAAGAAAGCGUUCAGCUGUGACACAUGUGGCAACACGUUCACGACUGCAGCGAAUCUAAGGAUCCAUCAACAUGUCCACGGCCAGAAGAAGAGGUUCAGCUGUGACCACUGUGGGAAGACGUUCACCACCUCCAGCAGUUUGCAGAUUCACCAGCACAUCCACACUGGAGACAAGCCGCACGCCUGCGACCAGUGUGGGAAGAGCUUCUCUCGCGCUUAUCGACUAAAACGACACCAGCACAUCCACACUGGAAAGAAACCACACAACUGUGACCAGUGUGGGAAGACGUUCAUCGAGCUCAGCUACCUGAAGGAGCAUCAGCUCAGCCACACUGGAGAGAGAGCGUUCAGCUGUGACCAGUGUGGGGCGGCCUUCAGCACCUCGCGCUACCUGAAGCUCCACCAACGCUACCACGCCGGAGAGAAGCCGUUCAUCUGCGACCUGUGUGGGAACGCCUACCCUCAGAUGAGCAGUUUGACCAACCACCGCCGCAUUCACACCGGAGAGAAGCCGUACGCCUGUAACCAGUGCGGCGCCCUGUUCGCUCGGCUGGGAACGCUGAAGAGUCACCGGCGUGUUCACGCUGCGGAGAAUCACCUCGACUGACGAGUGGGAACGUUUACAGAAGAAAUCUGAAAACGUGUUCACACCAGAUUCACACAUCAUGAGACAUUUUAUCUUCAAAAUCAGGAACAGAUUGAAUCGACAUUUACAACGUUCACGUUUCAGUGAAGAACCCGAAGAUUCACCCGCUUUUAUUUUGGAGCUUGUGAACUCUUGUUUUGAAGUUGAUGAACAUUUCAGAUUUUGUGUCAAUGUUAGAAUAUAUUUUUAAUAAAAUCUUUAUUCAGUAAAAUUUCAAAUAA